UUGGAAUCCACAAAGGCGGAAUGGUGUCCCUGUAAUCAUACAUAAAUAAUUGGAGUCUUUGGUUGGAGCAAAUAUGGUGUGGAAGUUGGAAAGUGAAGAAAUGUUGAACAAAUCAUUUCGCCUGCCAACUGCAAUCUUAAUAUUGUUAUUAACUCAUCAAAUGAUGCUUCUCCUUCAUUUAGCCAUGGCAGCAAGAGACGAUCCUUUCUCACCAAUGGCCAUGGACGAUAUUCUCGUGAAGUAUCGAACCGACAGGACACUGCCGGCUGGCAGCCGGACGCCGUCAGCCCCACGCACCAACAUUCCUCAUCAUUUUAAGAGCCCGCCUCCAGCACCGCUGCGCACUCCACCACCUCCGCCGCGGUCUCCGCCACUUUCACCGACUCCAAAAUCUCCCCCAUCCUAGAAUUGACAUCUAGAAAGAGUGUUGUAGCUUAAAUGUAAUAAACACAAAAUGUAAUACCACUCUGUCAUAGUAUUUCUCACUUUUCUAUUGUGAUCAGUCUCAAAAUGCUUGUGGGAAUCGUAUUUAUUUUUAAUUAUAUGAAUAUUUAAUAUAGUACUAGUAUUAACCUAUGAAGUAUGGAAACCCUGUCGAAAAAACGUGCAUCUUCGUUUUGAAACUCGGCGGAAAGUUAUUGAAAACUCUCUAAAUAGUUGUUUUUUGAGGUAAAAUAUAUCAUUUCUAGUUUUCUCAUUAUUUUCAUGUUUCAACUAGUCUUUUUAAACCUUCCUUGGGUUUUACUUUCUUUUGUCCCAAACCAAGUUGGAACUAGGAAGUAAGGAGUGGUACUAAUUUAUUUACUCAUCGUUUAUUCAAUAAUUUAAUUUUCUUUUAAAGAUUGAAGCUCUUUAUUGCAGAGUAAAUUAGAAAACAAGCGGCACUGCAAAGCUCGACUGCAAACCUUUUUCUUCGUCGGCAAUUUAGAGUUCUUUUUCUCUCAAGUUCAAUGGGAAGACAUAGGAUGGAAGGUGAGAAAGUGAGUAUAGUGCAGACCAUGACUAGAGGUCUUGCUUCAGUCGCAUGAAGUCAUGGUGUCAUGACCAGUAAGAUGACGAACAACAACUUAAGCACGUACGAGGGGCAGCAAGGGAUGGGGAGCGACGAAUUUGGCGAAGAUUAGAGUUCAGCCAGCGAUGAAACGUCAAUCACAGCGGUACUGAUAAUCUGGUCACCUCUUGAACCACCAACAUGGGUUGAACGAGGUACUCGGGUUCGAUAAAUUUAUCAUACAGUAUUAGUUAUUGUUAUUUUAUUGUUUGGAUUUUUGUUAAAAUCUAUGUUUCUAAAGUCUGGUUAGGUAUGUCGUAUGUCGGGAUGAUUGGAAAUUUAGCUUAUUUUUAUGUCGUUAGAAGUAUACGGAUCUAUAAGACCAGUGUUAGUUGUGUCAAACUCGUUUUGUGGUUAGCAAUUGAUAUUGUUCUUUCUUGAUGACCGUUUGUAUGUCUAUUCGUAAGGUUUACAUUUGUAGUUGGUGUAGGUUUGUUGAUGUCGAAUAUGAUUUUUCUCUAAUGAAGUAACGAUUGGGAAGCUAAUAAUAUAAAUAUCGACAAUUUCCUUUCAAAAAAAGUUCUUUAUUGCGGAGUACAAUUUCUUUAUUACAAAUGUAACAACAAUCGUGAUUAUAAUGUCUUUAGUUUUAAGUUUUGAGCAAGUGUCUAAACACAAGUAGUAAAGAUUUUUUUAAUUGUCAACGAUAGUAUUUUGUAAUUCCUCUCCAGCUCUCCCAUGUUCCACCUUAUCUCGCAACAUCUUUUUUGUAUGUCAUACGAGUACUAAUUUAUUCACAUACGAACUACUCCCUCUCUCCCACUAACAAUGGGACAAGAGGAAGUGACACGCAAAUUAAUAAAAAGUGGUUUAUGUGGUUGAUAUUGAAUUGAUAAAGUAAGAAUAAAGUAAGAAUGAUUUAGAGUCAUACAAACUUUGCCAAAUUUGGUAUGGGACAAUCUUAGUGGGACGGACCGAAAUGGUAAAACGGGACAAUCUUAGCAGGACGGAGGUAGUAUUACGUAUUUUGGAGGGACACUGUUUUUAAUGCAUAGUUUAUCACUCUAUCGUAUAUUCGUAUCCAGUCCCAUUUUAGAGGUUGGUCCAUCCUCAUCAUUUGUAUGAGAAGAGUCCAAAUUAGAACUUGUUAUUUACGUACAAAUUAUAACUCAGAAAAUUAACUCGGGCCGAGUUAAGGUGCUACUCUGCAAGGUAAGAGACCGAGUAGCGAGUACUCGCCGAGUAGGGUUGGACUCGGGCCGGGCGGCCCGAACCGGAACUGGCCCGAUCACUGUUUGAACCGGCCCGGCCUGGCAGCCCGGCCCAUGGGCGGUUCGGGUCGACCCGGCCCGGUGGCUACCGGUUCCGGGCUCGGGCCAUCAUUUUGAUGAACCGGGCCAGAUUUAAUUUUUUUUUCUUUAGUUUUUUAAGUUUUUGGGUUGGAUUGGGUAAUUUGGGCCAUUUGAGGUGGUUUGGGGUGUAGGGGGAGGGUAGGGGGUUGAUUAGGAACCCCCCCCCCCCAAAAAAAAAAAAAUUAUAUAGAACCGAGGCCCGGCCGGUUCAAGGCCCGAACCGGACCGGACCGGACCCGGGGUUACCCGGGCCGGUUCCGGGCCUCCCCUACCUUGAACCGAGGCCCGGCCGGUUCAAGGCCCGAACCGGGCCCGGCCCGGAACCGGUCCACCCCUAUCGCCGAGUACUCGCCGAGUAGAUAACCCAGCUAGGAAGUAUGGAGUAGUACUGAUUUAUUUACUCAUCGUUUAUUCAAUAAUUUAAUUAUCUUUUAAAGGUUGAAGCUCUUUAUUGCAGAGUAAAUACAUGAGACCUCAUAGAAAACAAGCGACAUUGCAAAGCUCGACUACAGAUUAGGGUUGGUGCUGCAAAGCUUUUUCUUUGUCGUCAAUUUAGAGUUUUUAGGGAUUGUUUUCUCUCAGCUUCAGUGGAAAGACAUAGGAUGGAAGGUGAGAAAGUGAGUAUAUUGCAGACCAUGACCAGAGGUCUUGCUUCAGCCGCAUGAAGUCAUGGUGUCGUGACCAGGAAGACGGCGAACAACAACUUAAGCACGUACGAGGGGCAGCGAGGGAUGGUGAGCGGUGAAUUUGGCGAAGGUUAGAGUUCAGCCAUUGAUGAAACGUCAAUCACAGCGAUACUGAUAAUCUGGUCACCUCUUGAACCACCGACAUGAGUUGAACGAGGUACUCGGGUUCGAUAAAUUUAUCAUGUUGUUAAAAUCUAUGUUGCUAAAGUCUGGUUAGGUAUGUCGUAUGUCACGAUGAUUGAAAAUUUAACUUAAUUUUAUGUCGUUAGAAGUAUACAGAUCUAUAUGACCAGUGAUAGUUGUGUCAAACUCGUUUUGUGGUUGGCGAUUUGUAUUGUUCUUUCAUGAUGACUAUUUCUAUAUGUCUUAUCGUAAGGUUUACAUUUGUAGUUGGUGUAGGUUUGUUGAUGUGGAAUAUGAUUUUUCUCUAAUGAUGUAACAAUUCGGAAGCGACAAUUUCCUUUCAAAAAAAGUUCUUUAUUGCGGAGUACAA